GUAAACGAACACGUGCUUGUGUGUGUGUGGGAACUUUUUCUUCGCGAGAUUUUUUGUAGUAAUUAAUUGCCGUUAUUAAUUAGAAUAUUAAUUAGAUGGGUCGAAGGGAUUCGCGUAGAUUGACGUGUCGGCGGCGAAAAGCUUAAGCAGGAUGAUCCAGGCUAAGGCUCCGGUGCUCCGGGAGUUCGUCGUUACCACGUCGUCGGUCCUUGCGUUCCUCUUCGCAUUAUUCGGAUCGGCCUCGGCCUACACGCCCGAAUUCGCCGAGCCCAUCGUGAAUUUGUCGGUGCCGCUCGGCAGGGACGCCACCUUCCGGUGCUUGGUGCACCAUCUGGGCGGAUACAGGGUGGGUUGGGUGAAAGCUGACACUAAAGCCAUACAAGCCAUUCACGAUCACGUCAUAACGCACAAUCCUCGAGUAUCCGUGUCCCAUAACGACCAUACCACGUGGAAUUUGCACAUCAAGAACGUGCAAGAAGAAGAUGGCGGUCAAUACAUGUGCCAGAUCAAUACUGAUCCGAUGAAAAGUCAGGUCGGUUUCCUCGACGUGGCCGUGCCCCCGGAUUUCAUCGCGGAAGACACGUCCGGCGACGUAAUGGUGCCCGAAGGGGGCACUGUCAAGUUGACGUGCCGGGCCCGGGGCCAUCCGGACCCGCACGUCCAGUGGCGGCGCGAAGACGGCCAGGACAUCGUCAUCAGGGAGCCGGGCGGCACCAAAACCGGAGUAUCGUCGUACCAAGGGGAAGUAUUGAAAUUGUGGAAGAUAUCCCGGACCGAAAUGGGCGCCUACAUGUGCAUCGCCUCUAACGGCGUCCCGCCGACAGUCAGCAAACGGAUUAUGGUCAACGUUCACUUUCACCCGGUGAUCCACGUACCGAACCAGCUGGUGGGCGCGCCCCUCGGCACCGACGUCACGUUGGAAUGCAACGUUGAAGCCUAUCCGAAAUCUAUCAACUACUGGGUUAGAGAUACAGGCGAAAUGGUAAUUUCGAGUGCGAAGUUCGACGUGCAGGCAUCCAGCAAAUCCGCCUUCCACGUGAAAAUGACGGUGAUCGUGAGAAAGCUGCAGCGCGAGGACGCCGGCUCCUAUCGUUGUAUCGCCAAGAACUCCCUCGGCGAGGUCGAGAGCAAUAUCCGCCUUUACGAAAUCCCAGGACCUACGAGAGGAUACAGCGUGUCCCUGGACGAAGAGGAUUACAACGAGCAAUUGGGCUCGGCCGAAAAGGAGCAGGACGAGGACCUAUCCAACAACGUUUUGGAAAAUUCCGGACAAAAUUCGCAAUAUCCAACAGUAGAAACACCAUCCAGGGCCAACUACGUGGACGAUCAGAACGCGGCGAUCGAUGGCGAAUCGAACUCGGCGCCGUCUUUGGCGUCCAUUUCGGCGCCGGUGCGUCUGCUGAGGAGCUUCGUUUGCGCGAUGGCGGUUCUCAUGUGACUGUGACCGUUCGCAGUCGAGAUGUUCAAUGACAAUAAGCGAGGUUAAGGAGGUUCAUAAAGGACUGAAGAUGAAGAAACUAUUAAUUUAUCGGCGAUGCCAAUUCGAUUGGUUGUUGUGGAAGUGAAGGAGGAUGCAUUCUAGGGAGUUAGUUGGUAACAGUGCAUUCGAAGGAGUUGAUUUGGCAUCGCUAAUUGGACUAUGUAAAAAUGAUAAAUGGCCGCGGGUCGGAUCUUUCGGGGUUCCCCCCGACGGUUGAAAAGUCUGAGUAAUUUUUUAUAGAUAAAAAAAAAUGAAAUUUACGUAGAUUUAUUUUCUUUAGGUAUAUAAAGGUAGAUUUAACGUUUAUCGUUUGACAAAAUUUUAUUGCCGUUGCGAAUAAUAGAUACUAAUUACAUGCAAUAUGUUCCACCGUCGCGGCGCCUCGGUCGACGGAUGGCGUUUCUCCAUAAUUAGAAUCAGAAUUUACCGAGAAUUGUUUUCGACGAAAUUCGGUCGAUUAUCAUGCAAAUUUAUCCGUACUUUUCGCUCCUUUAACCGCCUGCGUUUCUCGUUAAAGAUCCCUUCGAAAUCGCAAUUGCAAAAAAAAAAAAACAUAUUCAUCCCCAUCGUGUUCUAGUGGAACAACGCACACACACACAUGUAUCUAAUGAAACAAAUCGAGCGUGGAAAGUCGAUAGCAUUGAAUUUAUCGCAAAUGGGAAAAAUAGAGAGGCCGGGCCGGUUCACCGGGCGGAUUUCUAAAUUGAUGAAGAUGCAUCCCUCCGUGUCCGAGAGGGCUUGAGAAAUGAAAUCAUACAUCGUAUCGCCGUCGAAUCAAUUCCGGACGUCGUGUUUCGCAAAAGGGGCCGCGACGAUCGAGAAUUAUUAUGAGAGAUGGGCGGCGAAGUCAUUUUUCCGUUUUUUAUUUUUGUUCGUUUAUAAUGCGCUGGUGUAUCGACGGGGAUUGUAAAUAGAGCGAAACUGUAUUCUGUUUGAGCGAGGAAAUGGGGGCGGUUAAAGGGUUGUUCGAAAACUUUAAAUGGAGAUGGGGAAUAAAGGGUGCACUGGAACUCCGCAACAAAAAUUUCGUUACCUGCUUAUUCCUGCAAUGUUCCACACUCGCUUAGUUUACUCAACGAUAAUUUUUUUUAAAGUGGGACUUUAAGAUUCGUUCGAUGAUACGUAAACUGUCAAUAUUCGGAUUAAUGACAUUUCGUAUGACAGAAGUUUAAUAGAGGUGGGAACCGAUUUCUAGGUAUAUAGAGAUUCAGUAACGAUUGUUACAAAAUAAGCGUUAUUUUUCAAAUAACGGGGUAAUUAUUUUGGUGGGGAAUUCCGGUGCACUGGAAAAAAAUGACUAAUCUUCCAAUACCUAUUAACAAUUAUAUAAAAAAAUCAAUUAUUUAUUUAGGAGAUUCCAUUUAUGAGAGGUUCAAUUUUAAUUUGUAAUCGUUAUAAUUUUAUAAUUGUUUUUCGAAAGCGACUUUAUUCGAAUCGAUGUUAAUUAUAAUAAUUGAAAACAAACAUACAUAGAAAAUAUUUGAAUAAUGUAAUAUAGAUGUAAAAGCUUGAGUAAAUGAUGUAAAAAGUAAAUUCCCGACAUCCUGUAUAUAACGUUAGUGAAAAUUAUAAUAUAGUUUAUAGUCUAUUUGGAAUGUUUUAUAUAAUUUCGUUUCGAUUUUAUCGUGUAAAUAUUAUAGGAUUAUAGGCUUCUCGUUGGUUUAUUACAUACAGGGCGAGUCGAGUUUAAUACAGCGAUUAUUUCACUCGAUCGCCAGCUAUUUUUACGAAAUUCAAAUUUUAAUAAACGGUAUUAAAUUUAGUUGGAAUUCAAACUUUUUCAUUUCGAUACCAACAUUAUACGAAAAUGAAUUAUAAAUAGUAAUAACAAUAGGAAUCUAAUAAUAAUUUAUCGUUGUAAUAAUGCCGUGACGUUAAAACUAUUCGAAUUAAAUCUUUGUACAUAGCGAAACAAAACGGUCUAGCUAAAUCUAUACGUUAUUGUUAUAAUUAUUUGUAUUGAUCUGAUG